CAUGACACACCUGUUUGAUCAACGCUGUUAAUUAACUGUUUGUAGUCCAGCUAAAAACACGUUAUGCUAGCUUACAUUUAACACUGUUAAUGAAGCAUUUACACCAUGUAGCUCCUCGACUUGAACGUAAAAGUUAAAAUAGUUUUUGAGCCUUUUUCUGUCUGUUAGUCAGUGAUUAUGUUCGACUAUUGUUGGCUUUAUAAAGCACUUCAAGCUAGCUGCUGGAGUGUUACCUGCCCUGCUGCUGUGUUCUUGAGACUGAGGAAAGUGGGUCUAACUUCAAUGAGAUGCUGAAACAGAUUCCCUGAGAAGAUGGAGCGGCCUGCCAGGGGGUCCUGGAAGUUCAGAGUUAUUUGUGAGAGGAAACCACGUCCCCCAUGGUUACAGGACAGCCUCGCAGACUGAGUCCGGGCUGGUUACAGGUUAUCCACACAGGAAUAUCCGAUCAGAGCUGCUGGGACAAUGCUUCACUUCCCUCCUGAGAGGCGCACGGCUCUGGUUCUCUCUGAAGGCGGAGGAGCAGGAGGAGGAGGAGGAGGAGGACUGCAGGCUGAAAGUCUCCGCCUGCGAGGAGCAACAAGAGUUGUAGGCAGACGUCCAACUCCACCAAUGAGGGGAUGGUGCGGAAGGAUACGCAGUGACGUUUCCUCCUGGAGGCUCCUCCGCUUCCAUGAGAGAGAGAGAGAAAGAGAGAGAUCGGGAGGAAGCAGAGGAGGAACACUCAGUACAAGACUCAGCAGCAGCAUCAUGGCACCUAUCGGAUUAAAGGCGGUGGUCGGAGAAAAGAUUAUGAACGAUGUCAUCAAGAAGGUGAAGAAGAAGGGAGAAUGGAAGGCGCUGAUCGUGGACCAGCUGAGCAUGAGGAUGUUGUCCUCCUGCUGCAAGAUGACAGACAUCAUGACAGAGGGCAUCACCAUUGUGGAGGACAUCCACAAGCGACGAGAGCCUCUUCCCAGCCUGGAGGCCAUUUACCUGAUUACACCUACAGAGAAGUCCGUCCAAACCCUCAUUGCAGAUUUCAAAGACCCUCAUUCAGCUAAAUACAAGGCAUCCCAUGUUUUCUUCACUGACUCCUGCCCUGAUCCUCUCUUCAAUGAGCUGGUGAAGAGCCGCGCUUCCAAAAGCACCAAGACUCUGACGGAGAUCAACAUCGCCUUCUUGCCCUACGAGUCACAGGUGUACUCUCUGGACAAUGCAGAUGCCUUCCACAGUUUCUACAGCCCCCACAAGACCCAGCAGAAGAACCCUGUGAUGGAGAGGCUGGCCGAGCAGCUUGCAACGCUCUGUGCCACCCUGAAGGAGUACCCUGCUGUCAGAUACCGAGGUGAGUACAAAGACAACGCCACCCUGGCCCAGCUGGUUCAGGACAAACUGGACGCCUACAAAGCUGAUGACCCCACCAUGGGAGAGGGUCCAGAUAAGGCUCGCUCACAGCUGAUCAUCCUGGACAGGGGCUUUGACCCCGUCUCCCCCGUCCUGCAUGAACUCACCUUCCAGGCCAUGGGCUACGACCUGCUGCCCAUUGAGAACGACGUCUACAAGUACGAUACCAGUGGCAUUGGAGACUCUCGUGAGAAGGAGGUUCUGCUGCAUGAAGACGAUGACCUGUGGGUGAGCCUGAGACACAAACACAUAGCUGAGGUGUCCCAGGAAGUGACACGCCAGCUGAAGGAGUUUUCUGCCAGCAAGAGGAUGAACACCGGGGAAAAGACCACAAUGAGGGAUCUGUCCCAGAUGCUGAAGAAGAUGCCUCAGUACCAGAAGGAGCUCAGCAAGUACUCCACCCAUCUGCAGCUGGCUGAGGACUGCAUGAAGCACUACCAAGGAACAGUGGACAAGCUGUGCCGUGUGGAACAGGAUCUGGCCAUGGGCACAGAUGCUGAGGGCGAGAAGAUCAAAGACCCCAUGAGAGCCAUCGUGCCUAUCCUGCUGGAUGCCAACGUCAGCACGUACGACAAGAUCCGCAUCAUCCUGCUCUACAUUUUCCUCAAGAACGGCAUUACAGAGGAGAACCUGAACAAACUGAUCCAGCACGCUCAGAUCCCCCCUGAGGACAGUGAGAUCAUCACCAACAUGGCUAACCUGGGAGUCCCCAUCAUCACAGAUUCCACCCUCCGCCGAGGAAAGAAGCAGGACAGGAAGGAGCGCGUGAGCGAGCAGACUUACCAGCUGUCCCGCUGGACGCCACUGGUCAAAGACAUCAUGGAGGAUGCUAUCGAUGAUAAGCUGGACACCAAGCACUACCCCUACAUCUCCACCCGCUCCUCGGCCUCCUUCAGCACCACUGCAGUCAGUGCUCGGUACGGUCACUGGCACAAGAACAAG